GGGCGUGGCAGACCAUAAUAAAAUCCUCAAUCGUGUGUCUGCUGUGGUGGACUGCGAGGAAAAUAGUCUGAAAUGUCGGCUGACUGGAAACUGAAGUGUGACUCGCAGUGGGAGCUGGGGGCUCACGGUGUCCCCAUGUCUGGCAGCGUGGACUGGAAAUCGGUGUUCGAGAAGAAGCCGUUUAAACGGAAUUUACUGAAGAACCCCUCGCCUUACGGUGUAAAGCACACCAUCCCACCACCCGAACCCCAUCGUUCGGGAAUGCCACCUCCUCCAAACCAACCACCUCAGUUUGAGCCCAAUGGUAAUUUCUCUGGCUGGAAAACUAGUUCAGAAGAUUUGCCAUAUGACACUAGUGGAAUCCCCCCUGGGGUUGUGGUCUGUCAGCUACCUAAGUACAGGUGGUUCUCUCUAGAGCAACGUGUGGACCUGAAGGCAGAGGGUCUGUGGGACCAACUGCUGGAUGAGUUUCAGCCUGAGAUAGUCAUUGAGGACUGGUAUGAGGAAAGCCAGCUUCAUAAAUCUAUCUAUCAGCUUGAUGUGAAGCUCUUGGGUGCUGAUGGUAAGACGAUCAUUAAGCAGCACAAAUAUAACCCUGAGGAGAACCUGGGGAGCUACUCACACACCUGGAAAAAGGUCUCCCAUGUAUUCUCCAAGUAUGGGCCGGGAGUGAGGUACAUUCACUUCCUCCACAGACUGAAGAACAAGUUCAUGGUUGAAUUCUUUAAUACCAAAGUCACAGACAGCUCGAUUAUCAUCAAGACCAGCAAAGCCAUUGUGAAAUAAGCCAUCACAGCCCAAAUAAAUAAAUAACAUUGUAGGAGUUGAAGCACUCUGUUUUUUUUUUAGAACAAAGUGCUAUUGUUUCAAAUGUUAUUAUAAUUUUUUUUAUUAACUGCACAUUCAUACGAUGUAUCUAUCAGCUUAAUAAUGCAUUAAAACAUUCCUAAUUCA